AUGAAGUUCAGCAUCACCUCCUCCAUCGCCGUCCUGGCUGCCCUGGCCAACGCCACCCCCACCCCCACCAUCGUUGACGGCUCCGCCGUCGACCCCCGUGCCGUUGAGAAGCGCGCCACCAUCACCGACGCCUGCGACCUCGGCUACGGCGCCGGCACCACCGGUGGCGCCGGCGGUACCACCACCACCGUCUCCACCCUGGCCCAGUUCACGGCCGCCGCGACCUCCAAGGACGCCGCCGUCAUCGUUAUCAAGGGCGCCAUCACCGGCUCCGAGAAGGUCAGGAUUGGCUCCAACAAGUCCAUCAUCGGCGCCGCCGGUUCCUCCAUCACCGGCGUCGGCCUGUACGUCAACAAGGCUGAGAACGUCAUCCUGCGCAACCUCAAGAUCUCAAAGGUCAAGGCCACCGCCGGCGACGCCAUCGGCAUCCAGGCCUCCUCCAAGGUCUGGGUUGACCACUGCGACCUCUCCUCCGACAAGGAGAACGGCAAGGACUUCUACGACGGUCUGCUCGACGUCACCCACGCCUCCAUGGCCGUCACUAUCUCCAACACCUACCUCCACGACCACUACAAGGCCUCCCUCGUCGGCCACUCCGACUCCAACGCGGGCGAGGACACCGGCAAGCUCUACGUCACCUACGCCAACAACUACUGGAAGAACAUUGGCUCCCGCGCCCCCUCCGUCCGCUUCGGCAACGUCCACAUCUUCAACAACUACGAGGAGAACGUCGAGACCUCUGGUGUCAACACCCGCAUGGGCGCCCAGGUCCUCGUCGAGUCCUCCGUCUUCUCCGCCGUCAAGCGCGCCAUCACCUUCCUCGACUCCAAGUCCACCGGCUACGCCACCGUCUCUGACGUCGACCUCGGCAACUCCACCAACGACGCCCCCAAGGGUACCUUCAGCAAGCCCGACUACUCCUACACUAAGCUCGGCUCUGCCAAGGUCAAGGCCUCCGUCACCGCCUCGGCUGGCCAGACCCUCAGCUUCUAA